AAAACAAAACAGAAGAAGAACCACACUUCUUUGGUUAAGGCACAUAAGGUUUUUGACGCCGGCUGCAUGCUCGAAGCUAGCCUUGUGUUUGUGUUGUUUAGAUAGCAGCCGUGAGACGACCAAACAUCACUUUCAACGCCAUCAGCCGAUACAUGUUGGUGUGUUCACGGCAUUUUCACACUGGGAGACCAGCUUAUGAAAUGGAUGAAAGCCAUCCAGACUGGGCACCCUCAUUACAUCUCGGACACACGGAGGUGGAAGCUGGAGAUAACAAGAGUCUACACAUAACAUUGGACCAGGAGGAACUUCCCCCAACAAGAGAGGAGUACGAGCGACUACGACAACAUUACACCCAGCAGCUGAUUGGUCAUCAAGAAGGUCUCCCUCAGCCACAGGGGGAGGAACAGACUGUUAAACAGGAAGAGGAGGAGCCACAUUCCCCCUAUGUGAAAGAGGAAAAGGAGGAGCCACAGCCCCUCCACAUUAAAAAGGAAGAGGAGGAGCCACAGGCCCCCUAUGUUAAAGAGGAAGAGGAAGAACUCUGGAUCACUCAGGAGGGAGAGCAUCUUCUAGGACCAGAGGAGGCUGAUCUCACCAGGUUGCCACUGACUGGUGUCUCUGUGAAGACAGACGACCAUGAAGACAAACCACCUGAGUCCUCACAGCUUCAUCAUAGUCCAAGUGAGGAGAUGAGAGAGGCGGAGCCUUCAUGCAGCAGCUCACUGCAACACAUGACAACAGAAGCUGAUGGAGACCACUGUGGAGGAUCACAAGCAGACAACCUCUUAGCUCCACUGUCAGAUAGUGACGACACGACGUCACACUCUCCUGAAGAUGAAGACAGCGACUACAACCAAGAAUCUCUGAGCAGCGAUACAGACUGGGAAGGUGAUAUGACGACUCACACUGGCAACAAACACUCUGAAAGCUCUAAAAAGAAGACAGCUAAACCUUUUAACUGCUCACUUUGUCAGAAAGAAUUUCCUUGCAAGAGUAUGUUGACUCGACACAUGAGAACACACACAGGAGAAAAAUGUUUCAGUUGCUCAGACUGUGGUAAACGCUACAUGCAAAAGGCAAGUAUGGUAAAACACAUGAGAACACACACAGGAGAAAAACCUUUUCGCUGCUCAGACUGUGGUAAAGGCUUCAACGACAAAGCAAAUAUGGUAACACACAUGAGAACACACACAGGAGAGAAACCUUUUACCUGCUUAGACUGUGGUAAAAGCUUUGCAUUAAAGGCAACUUUAGCAUCACAUAUGAAAACGCACACAUUAGAAAAACCUUUUAGCUGCUCAGAGUGUGGCAAAAGCUUCCCUCGAAAGAACAGUAUGGAAUUACACAAGCGAACACACACAGGAGUAAAACCUUUUAGUUGCUCAUUCUGUGGUAAAAAGUUCAGUCACAAAGCAAAUAUGGUAAAACACACGAGAACACACACAGGAGAAAAACCUUUUAGUUGCUCAGACUGUGGUAAAAGUUUUGCAUACAAGGUAACUUUGGCGUCUCAUAUGAGAACACACAAAGUAGUAAAACCUUUUCUCUGCUUAGACUGUGGUAAAAGCUUCACUCAAAUGGUAGAUGUGCUCGACCACAUGAGAACACACACAGGACAGAGGUUUUACGUGACAAACAUGGUGCAAACGUGUUGUGUUAUUAACUGCCACAAUCGUUCACGCGAUCGCUUCGGGAAUAAAAAGGAUGAGGUGAUAUUUUUCUCCUUUCCAACGUGGAAGCAAAGCCAAGGAGCUGGAAUCUGUGAGCUAACAAAGAGACGCCGAAUGGCCUGGAUAGCAGCCGUGAGACGACCAAACAUCACUUUCAACACCAUCACCCAAGACUUGGUGGUGUGUUCACGGCAUUUUCACACUGGGAGACCAGCUUAUGAAAUGGAUGAAAGCCAUCCAGACUGGGCACCCUCAUUACAUCUCGGACACACGGAGGUGGAAGCUGGAGAUAACAAGAGUCUACACAUAACAUUGGACCAGGAGGAACUUCCCCCAACCAGAGAGGAGUACGAGCGACUACGACAACAACUGGAAGCUGUUAGCAAGACUCAAGUUGUGCUACACAUUGAAGACAAACAUCAGCUGAGUGGUCAUCAGAAAAAAUGUUCUCCUCAGCCACAGAAUGAGAAGAAGAGCUCCACUUUGGAGCAGGCGGAGCGACAGCCCCCCCAUGUGAAAGAGGAAGAGGAGGACCCACAGCCCCCUCUUAUUAAAGAUGAAGAAUUAGAGACACAGCCCCCACACAUUAAAGAGGAAGAGGCGGAGCCACAGCUCCCCUAUGUUAAAGAGGAAGAGGAGGAGCCACAGCCCCCCUGUGUUAAAGAGGAAGAGGAAGAACUCUGGAUCACUCAGGAGGGAGAGCAUCUUCUAGGGCCAGAGGAGGCUGAUCUCACCAGGUUGCCACUGACUGGUGUCUCUGUGAAGACAGACGACCAUGAAGACAAACCACCUGAGUCCUCACAGCUUCAUCAUAGUCCAAGUGAGGAGAUGAGAGAGGCGGAGCCUUCAUGCAGCAGCUCACUGCAACACAUGACAACAGAAGCUGAUGGAGACCACUGUGGAGGAUCACAAGCAGACAACCUCUUAGCUCCACUGUCAGAUAGUGACGACACAACGUCACACUCUCCUGAAGAUGAAGACAGCGACUACAACCAAGAAUCUCUGAGCAGCGAUACAGACUGUGAAGGUGAUAUGACGACUCACACUAGCAACAAACACUCUGAAAGCUCUAAAAAGAAGACAGAUAAACCUUUUAACUGCACAGGAGAAAGACCUUUCAGUUGCUCAGACUGUGCUAAAUGCUUUACUCACAAAACAACCAUGCAAAGACACAUGAGAACACACACAGGAGAAAAACCUUUUAGUUGCCCUGACUGUGGUAAACGCUUUACUCACAAGACAAACAUGCAAUCACACAUGAGAACACACACAGGAGAAAAACCUUAUAGUUGCUCUGACUGUGGUAAAUGCUUCAUUCAAAAGACAGCCAUGCAAUCACACAUGAGAACACACACAGGAGAAAAACCUUUUAGUUGCCCAGACUGUGGUAAAUGCUUCACUAUAAAGACAAAAAUGAAAGCACACAUGAGAACGCACACAGGAGAAAAACCUUAUAGUUGCUCAGACUGUGGUCAACGCUUCGCUUUAAAGACAACCAUGCAAAGGCACAUGAGAACACACACGGGAGAAAAACCUUUUAAAUGUUCAGACUGUGGUAAAGGCUUCGCCAUAAAGGCAAACUUGCAAACACACGUGAGAACACACACUGGAGAAAAACCAUUUAGUUGCUCAGUCUGUGGUAAGGGCUUCACUCAAAAGUCACACAUACAAAGACACAUGAGAACACACUCAGAUGAGAAACAAUUUAAAUUAGGUGACAUUGUCUUGGAAGUCGGCAUGUAAUAAUUCAUUCACUGUAAAUUGCAUGUAUUUAUAUUCUUAUGAUUCAACUGUAUAAUCUGGAUUCUCACGUUUCCAAUCCGGUCGACAUAUAUAUUGAUCUAUCAUUGGUAAUCAAUCGAUUGAAUAAAUACAAGGAAAUGAAGCGAUGGAUUCCAGCAUGGCAGGUUAUAUAUGGAUGUGUUUGUUUGUUUGUUUUUUGUUUUCCGUGAGUUUUCCGUGUCACAGCCUCACAUGGAUUGUUUUAUGCUGUAUUUUAUUGUGGAUAUUGAAUGCAGCACCUAAUAAAGUAUUGUUUUCCAAUGUAUCCAUUACAUUGGAAGUUAUAUAUGUUUUCAUACAUCCAUACAUUUUCCAAUGUAAUGGAUACAUUACAUUGGAUACAUAAUGAAUAAAUUACAUUUAUCCAUUACAUUACAGCCUAAAUUGUAUCAUGUCUGCUUUGUUUUAGUUUUCACUCCUUGGUUUGGUCUGUAGAGGGAGCUCUGUAUACACUGAUUGAUUGUUUGGGGGCGUUACCGGAAAGAAGCAACAGUCUUGACCCAUUACUGCGGGAAU